UUUGGAGGGAGAGAAGGAAAUCAUCAUGUACCAGGAUGACCUUGAAGGUGAUGUUCAGAUUCCGGGACCUCCCACCAACGUGCAAGCCUGUGAGAUCAGCAGAAAUUAUGUGGUCCUCAGCUGGGACCCCCCCACUCCCCGGGGCAAGGAGCCGCUAAUGUACUUCAUCGAGAAGUCUGUGGUGGGCAGUGGCAGCUGGCAGCGAGUUAAUGCCCAGACGGCCGUGAGGUCCCCACGAUACGCCGUCUUCGACCUCGCUGAGGGAAAGUCCUACGUGUUCCGGGUGUUGUCAGCCAACAAGCACGGCCUGAGCGACCCCUCGGAGAUAACGGCUCCCAUCCAGGCGCAGGACACAACAGUGGUUCCUUCUGCCCCGGGGAGGGUGCUUGCUUCCCGGAACACCAAGACGUCAGUCGUGGUGCAGUGGGACAGGCCGAAGCACGAAGAGGACCUGCUGGGCUACUACGUGGACUGCUGUGUGGCAGGGACCAACCUGUGGGAGCCGUGCAACCACAAGCCCAUUGGAUACAACAGGUUCGUGGUGCACGGCCUAACCACUGGCGAGCAGUACAUCUUCCGGGUGAAGGCCGUCAACGCCGUGGGCACCAGCGAGAACUCCCAGGAGUCUGACGCCAUCAAGGUCCAGGCGGCCCUCACUGUCCCAUCCCAUCCGUACGGGAUCACGCUUCUGAACUGCGACGGCCACUCGAUGACCCUUGGCUGGAAGGUGCCUAAAUUCAGUGGUGGCUCGGCCAUCCUGGGAUAUUACUUAGACAAGCGCGAGGCUCACCACAAGAACUGGCAUGAGGUCAAUUCGUCACCCAUCCAAGAGAGGAUCAUAACGGUGGAGGGCUUGACAGAAGGUUCCUUGUAUGAAUUCAAAAUUGCUGCCGUCAACCUGGCCGGAAUCGGGCAGCCAUCAGACCCCAGCGAGCACUUCAAGUGUGAGGCCUGGACAAUGCCAGAACCCGGUCCCGCCUAUGACUUGACUUUCUGCGAGGUCCGGGACACGUCGCUGGUGAUGCUUUGGAAGGCCCGGGUAUAGGGCAGCAGUCCCGUGUCUGGGUACUUGGUGGAUUUUAAGGAAGAGGAUUCAGGAGAAUGGAAGACCGUAAAUGAGGCGGCAACCCCAAAUCGUUAUUUAAAGGUCUGUGACCUGCUGCAAGGCCACACGUAUGUCUUCAGAGUGCGGGCUGUGAAUGCUAGCGGGCCAGGGAAGCCGUCAGACACAUCGGAACCAGUGCUGGUGGAGGCCCGGCCAGGCACGAAGGACAUCAGUGCCGGUGUGGAUGAGAAGGGCAACAUCUACCUGGGCUUUGACUGCCAGGAGAUGACCGAUGCCUCCCAGUUCACGUGGUGCAAGUCCUACGAGGAUAUCGCUGAUGAGGACCGGUUCAGGGUCCACACCGAGGGCGAUCAUUCGAAGCUGUACUUUAAGAAUCCAGAAAAAGUGGACAUAGGGACCUAUUCUGUGUCCGUGAGUGACACUGAUGGCGUAUCCUCCAGUUUUGUUCUGGAUGAAGCAGAGCUUGAGCGGUUGAUGAUCCUGAGCAACGAGAUCAAGAACCCAACAAUUCCUCUGAAGUCAGAGUUAGCUUAUGAGAUUUUUGAUAAGGGCCAGGUUCGCUUCUGGCUCCAGGCUGAGCACCUGUCACCCGACGCCAAGUUCCGAUUCAUUAUCAAUGACAGGGAAGUCUCUGACAGUGAGAUACACAGGAUUAAAUGUGACAAGUCAACUGGCCUUAUUGAGAUGGUAAUGGAUCGGUUUACUAUUGAAAACGAAGGUACCUACACCGUGCAGAUUCAAGAUGGAAAAGCCAAAAGUCAAUCUUCCCUGGUCCUUAUCGGCGAUGCGUUCAGGGCCGUCCUCGAAGAAGCUGAGUUUCAAAGGAAAGAGUAUCUCAGGAAGCAAGGUCCUCAUUUUGCUGAGUAUUUGCACUGGGACAUUACAGAAGCCUGUGAGGUCCGGCUUGUCUGUAAGGUUGCAAAUACCAAGAAAGAAACGGUUUUCAAAUGGCUCAAGGAUGAUGUGCUGUAUGAAACUGAGACCCCACCAAACCUGGAGAAGGGGGUCUGUCAACUGCUCAUACCAAAGUUGUCCAAGAAAGACCAUGGUGAAUACAAGGCAACCUUGAAAGAUGACAGAGGUCAAGAUGUAUCUGUCCUUGAAAUAGCUGGCAAAGUGCACGAGGAUAUGGUCUUGGCAAUGAGUCGAGUCUGUGGAUUAUCUGCCUCUCCCCUGAAGAUACUCUGCACCCCAGAAGGAAUCAGACUCCAGUGUUUCAUGAAGUACUUCACAGAGGAAAUGAAAGUCAACUGGUAUCACAAAGAUGCUAAGAUUUCAUCCAGUGAGCACAUGAGGAUUGGAGGGAGCGAGGAGAUGGCAUGGCUGCAGAUCUGUGAGCCCACGGAGAAGGACAAAGGGAAAUACACUUUUGAGAUCUUUGAUGGCAAAGACAACCACCAGCGCUCCCUCGACCUGUCUGGACAAGCGUUUGACGACGCCUUUGCAGAAUUCCAGCAGCUCAAGGCAGCUGCAUUUGCAGAGAAGAAUCGUGGCAAGGUGAUUGGUGGCUUACCUGAUGUGGUGACCAUAAUGGAAGGCAAGACCUUGAACCUGACCUGCACGGUGUUUGGAAACCCUGACCCCGAAGUGGUUUGGUUCAAGAACGACAGAGACAUUGAGCUGAGCGGGCACUUCUCGGUGAAAGUGGAGCAGGCCAAGUACGUCAGCAUGACCAUCACGGGGGUGACCUCUGAGGACUCCGGCAAGUACAGCAUGAGCGUCAAGAACAAAUACGGAGGAGAGAAGAUUGAUGUCACUGUCAGUGUGUACAAGCAUGGGGAGAAGAUCCCAGAGGCCUCUCUGCCCCAGCAGGCCAAACCCAAGCUCAUCCCUGCGUCCACUUCUGCAUCUGAAUAAGGGCUGUUUUCCAGCUCCGGGAGAAAAAGCCUGGGAGUUGUAGGAAUGCUGUGUGCUGUGCUGAAUGAGUGCCAGGACCUGAGCGAUGUCAUGUGUGGGCAGAUAGCCAAUGGCACACUAGGCUUCUGAGUUUUGCAUUCGUGGUUAUUAUUUUAUGUCUAAGCGGAGAGCUAAUUUUCUGCAGGGUGAACAGUUUGCAUGGACAUGAGGUGAAUGAGCAGGUGGGGAGGGGACAGCUCACAUGGUCACAGUCACAGGCACAUGGGAGCAAUGCCAAGUGUGUCCAGCAUGUGGUAUUGUGGGGAGCUGCCACUGCCCAGUGGUGGGCGAUGCUGGUGCCUGCAGGGCCUGGCAGCUCCAGAACCCCACUGUGGAGGUCUGCUACCUGGUUAUACUGUUUUCUUUCACGAUAGGCUGAUAAUACUUUAAAAAGCAACUUGUGGUUUCUCUGUACCCAAAUCCUACCUAACCCUAUCUUCCUCUCCGGGCUUGCUUCAGUGUGGAUUUUCACGCACCUUCACAGCAUGUGGACGGUGCACUUAGAGUCCAGAGAGCCAGGCGAGGUGCAGAACCCCCUGUGGGACUGGGCACCCGGCCUACACGGACCUGCCACAUCCCAAUUCCUGAGAAGCGUGUGUCUUGUGGACGUCAGAAAUGUUACUUGGAUUUCGUACAUGGAGUAAAGAGCCUCUGCAGAGGAAAACAAACUGUGUGGCUGACUUUGUUCUUAGUGUGCUAGCUAAUUAGGGAGGAGGUCCAAAGGGAGGAAGACACUCAUCUGAAGGGACAAUUGUCACAGCCAUGGAGAGAGAACGAGGUGAACAAGUCUUUUCUUUGAACUUCGUGUUUUUUGGAAAGAGGCUGAGAUUCCUCUGGCAUGAAACUCCCGCCCAAGGAUUUCAGUGUAAUAGUUACUUUAGUGCAGAAAAGGCUUGGGUCGUUAAGAACAUUUUAUCGCUCUGGGUCAUUAGGGACAAUCCCAGUUUUAUGACAUUUUGUUACA